AAGAGAAGCCUUCUGGAAGAUCAAGAGCUUUGUCUUCAUGCUACUGCUUCAAAGGAACGUAGACCAAAAGAGAACCAGUUUCAGGAUAACCAGAAGAGGCUUAGCAGCUUUUGGAGAGAGAGAGGCACAGAGAGGGAGAGAGAGAGAGAGUUACAGAAGCAGCUCAUUCAAGGAGCUCUCUCCAAUCUGGAUAGCCAGCCAGGAGGCAAGCAUAAACACGUGAUAUUCCAUUCAGAUGUGGAAAGUGAAGCUGAAGUGGAUGAGACGUUGAAGAAAGAUGCCAGUUUGGGAAAUAUGCACGAGGACGUAGGGUUAUUGGGAACAAGUCCAGUAUUCUGUAAGUUAAUUCCAUAUGGGUAUGACCGUGCCCCUCUUGUUCUGAAGAUUGUUUUUCGUAGUGCAGUGACAGAAAAGAGUAGGUAAGGUUUGAAUGAAUAGGAAGGAUUGUUCUUUUUUGGUAAGAUGAAUCCGGUUUCAAAGAAUUUAACAGCGCAGCUGAUGUCAAAGGAUGGGGAAGAAAUUUGGCUUGAGGAGUGCAGAGGGACUCUGCUCUGUCCAACCAUGUGGAUGAAGAAUCUAUAUUAGUGCAGCGUUGCCCUUUUAAAGUGCUGUUGGGGUCCAGGUAAGUUGUGUGGGACUUCAUACACCGCACCUAACUGUCACCUAAUUUAGCAGCCUCCUCAGGCUUUUACUGCCGUGCUUUCAGCACAAUUAAGUCUACUCUUCUGGAACAGAACUUGUUCUAUCAUCUCUUUUUUUUUGUUUUGUUUUGUUUUUGUUUUUGUUUUUGUAGUUACAUCUCUGCUAAAGGGUCAAACCACUGGGUUUGCUUUUGUUGGUAUUCUGUGUAAAUGUCGUAAGAUUUGGAUCAUUCUCACUAUUUAAUUAAAACCUUCUUUUCUCGUUUUUCCUUUGUUUAGCACUUUUUUCACACAUACAUCCCUUACCCUGUAUUUAGAAUCCAUGCGCUGUAUUUUCCCUUUUCUUUAAAAAAACCCUAAUUCUGGAUGGAAAAUUGUUUCAAAGCCAUGGAGCGCUUAGCUUUUGCAAUCAUUGAUAUUUAUCAACUGACUUAACCUAUGUCCUUCAGUUUAUACCAUAACCGAGGCUUCUUCAGAAAGGGUAUAAUUUGAUUAAAUUUGAUUAAAUUUGAUAAUUUGAUUAUCUUUAAAUUGAUCUCCCUUGACAUAAUCAGAAAUUUGGAUUGAAAGGGCUUUCUUCAUGAUGAAGCAGUGAUCAAACGGUAAAGUAUUGACAAUUGAAGGAAAAUCAAAGGGUAAUAAAAUGCUGAUUAAGCAACCAUGGAAUGGUAAUAAGAGUCAGAGAAAUCAUUGAAGUUGAAGAAAGCCCUAAAGGUCACGGAGUCCAACCGCUGACCUAACACUGGCAAGUUCACCAUGAAACCAUGUCCCUAAGCUGGCCCUUGACUGUGCACUUGCUGCUGGAGCAGCCACCCCUGUGAUGUGGGUGCCGAGGGCUCGGGUCCCCGCCUGUGCGCUUCACAGCCAGCCCUGUGAUGCCAUGGCCGUGUCACAGUGGGUGGCGUGUGGCUGAGGGUGCUUGCGGGCCAGCGGUGCCGAUGUCACAGUGGCCACUGUGACGCGUGGGGGCAGGCCUAUAAAAAGGAACGCUGGGCGCAGUGCGUCACUCGACCCUGUGAGGUGCGGAGAGGAGAGGGCAGGGCAGGGACGGGGCUCUCAGGGGUUGCCGAGGGAGGAGGGGGGCUCCACACGGCAGGGCUCUGGGCCUGUGCUGCAAGCUCACUCGCGUCUCGCUUCUCCCUCAGAGGUAGCAGAGGAGCAUUUGGAGAAGACGCCCCAGCGCUGCUGGGACAGGACUCUCCAAACGCCCACCGUUGAUGCCUAACACGUCUUCAAGGAAGUGUAAGACAGCCGACUCGAUGAGGCAGGCAUGCGUGCUGUGUCUCCGGGCAGAGGCAGACCCAGACCUCUGCGGGCCAAAACUGAAUAAUCAAGGGAUGCGUGCCCAUCACUUUUGCCUGCUUUUUGCCAAUGAGAUUCAUCCGGAAGGCACCGAACGGGAAGGACAGAUGAGAUUUCUUCCUGUGGAUAUUCAACGUACAGUCGAGCAGGCAGCCCAAAUGGUCUGCUUCGUGUGUGGCGAGCGCGGGGCCACCAUCACCUGCUGGGAGAUGGGCUGUGACCGCAGAUUCCAUCUCCCCUGUGCCGUGGAGGGUGGAUGCGUCACCUGUUAUCUCCUGCCGUACAGUUCUUUCUGCUGGGAGCACCGCCCACAGCAGCGAGAGCAGGUGGCUCCAGAGAACACCACCUGCCUCAUCUGCCUGGACCCUGUUGAAGGCAGAACAACCUACGGGACCAUGGUGUGCCCAGCGUGCAAACACGCCUGGUUCCACAGGGCCUGCAUCCAGGGUCAGGCUGUUCGCACUGGGAUUUUUCGCUUACAGUGCCCUCUGUGUAGAAACAGGAAACAGUUUCUAACAGAGAUGCUCUUCAUGGGGAUCCAAAUCCCGAUAAGACAACCAUCAUGGGAGGACAACAACGCAUAUGAAGAAUUGAAUGAGAGGCACAGCUGCUGCAGUGCAAGGGAGUGCCUUUGUCCAGGAGGCAGGGAGGUGGCAGAGACAGAUGGGCCCUGGGAACUCUUCCUGUGCUGCUCCUGCGCUGCAGAAGGCACACACAGACGCUGCUCCAAUUUAAGGAACAGCACGGAGAGCUGGGAGUGUGACAGCUGUGCUGGCCUGGGCACCUCCUCCGGUGUCAGCUCCGAGCUUGCUGGUCCCAGCACAACCAGCCCAGCGGCAUCGGGGCAGACUCUGGGACCUCCAGCACAGGAGCCCAGCAGCCCCAGCACCUCCAGCAAAGCAGCAUCGGGGCAGACGCUGGGACCUCCAACGCAGGAGCCCAGCAGCCCCAGCACCACCAGCCCAGCAGCAUCAGGGCAGACUCUGGCACCUCCAGCACAGCAGUCCAGCAGCCCCAGCACCUCCAGCCAAGCAGCAUCGGGACCGACUCUGGCACCUCCAGCGCAGGAGACCAGCAGCCCCAGCACUGCCAGCCAAGCAGCAUCGGGGCAGACUCUGCGACCUGCAGCACAGGAGACCAGCAGCCCCAGCCCUAGCAGACAGAUGCCACCAGGGCCAUGCCACAGCGCCCCAGUGCCUGAGGGCAGCAGCUGCUCCAGCGCCCCUGGGCCUGACCGCCGGCAGAACCAAACUCGGUGCAACCGGCAGACCCAGACUCCCUACAUGCGGCCCAGAAGACAGCAGGAGAGAAGGCAAGCUCCGAGCAGCACCCACAGCCAGGCGGUACUGGCGCUGUCUCAGUGCUCCCCAGCACGUGAGACCCGCAGCCACAUCACCAGCAGGCAGCAGCCAUCGGCAUCAUCCUAUGGCUCCGCAGCACUAGAAGGAAGCAGGAGCUCCAGGUCCACCGGGCCCGUGCGGAUGCGAGACCGCUCCCGCUGGCAGCGUCAGGCCCAGACUCCGUAUACACAGCCCAGAAUACGCUGUGAGAGCAGCCACACGCCAGCAGCAGGAGCUGAGAGGAGCCCUCGCAGCCAGGCUGUGCCCAGGCUGUCCCAGUCCUCGCCAGCACGUGCGAGCCGCAGGCCCAGCACCAGCAGACAGCGGCCGUCAGCAUCAUCCCGUGGCUCCGCAGCACGUCAAACGGGCAGCAGGUCCAGAUCCACCGGGCCUGUGCGGGUGCGAGACCGCUCUCGCUUGCAACGUCGGGGCCAAACUCCCAACACGCGGUGCAAAAGACGCCGUGAGAGCAGCCACAUGCCAGCACCAAGCGCAAAGAGGUGCACGCGCAGACAGGCUGUGUCGGGGCUAUCCCAGCGCUCCCCAGCACGUGCGACCAGCAGCUCCAGCAGUGACAGCCAGGAGUCAUCGGGGUCCUCCAGUGGCUCCCGGGAAUCGGGGAGCAGCAGUCCCAGCACUGGCAGCCAGGAGGAAUUAUAGCCAUGCCACAGUUCCCUGGCACCAAACAUCAGCAGCCCUGGCACUGCGGCAUUGGGGCCACGCCAUGGCUCCCCAGUGUGUGAGGGCAGCAGCAGCUCCAGCCCCCCAGGGCCCGACCGACGGUGAAACUGCUCCUGCUUGAACUGUCAGACCCAAAGUGCCUACACGCGGCCCAGAAGGCAGCGGGAGAGAAGCGAACCGCCGGCACCACGUGGUGAGAGGAGCACCCACAGCCAGGCGGUGAGGGGCUGUCCCAGUGCUCACCAAUACCUGAGACCAGCAGCCCCAGCACCAGCAGGCAGCGGCCAUCGGCGGCAUCUUCUGGGUCUGCAACACCGGAAAGCGGCAGCAGCUCCAUCCCCACGAGGCCCGUGGGGGUGCAAGAAAACUCCCACUUGCAACAUCAGGCCCAUACUCCCAACACGCAGCCCGGACACCUCCGUGGGUCCAGCCGUGCUUCAUCUCCGAGCGACAGCUCUGAUCCCCCUCCACCGGCACAAUAAAGGCGGCCCUUCAUCUCUGGACUGGGA